ACCCCUACUGACAAUACUGCUGAGGGCAGAGCCAGAGGUGUGCAGCAGGCAUGGUUCCAAGGAUUCAACACAUUGCCUCCUCACAGCUCUAAGAGGGUGGAGCACAGGACCUGGCCCAGAGGAUGAAUGAGAAAAGAGAUGAACAUUCAGAGAAGGGGCAGGAACAAAAGAGCUGGUGCUCAGGGACGUGGGAGAAGAGGACACCUCACAUGAGACUGCAGCUGGUGUGGCCGCUCCAGAGUCCUGGCUCCUCCUCCAUUGCUGGGCACCAGGUGCUCCGAAUCUCUGUGGCCGAUGAAGCCCAGGUAGAGAUGGUGAAGGAGCUGGAGGACCUGGAGCACCUACAGCUGGACUUUUGGAGGGGCCCUGCCCAGCCAGGCUCCCCCAUCGACGUCCGAGUGCCCUUCCCCAGCAUCCAGGCUGUCAAAAUCUUCCUGGAGACCCGUGGCAUCAGAUAUGCAGUUAUGAUAGAGGACGUGCAGUCUCUGCUGGAUGAGGAGCAGGAGCAGAUGUUCGCCUCCCAGAGCUGGGCCCGCAGCACUAACACCUUUAACUAUGCCACCUACCACACCCUGGAGGAGAUCUAUGACUUCAUGGACAUGCUGGUGGCCGAGCACCCACAGCUUGUCAGCAAGCUCCAGAUCGGUAGCAGCUACGAAGGCCGUCCCAUCUACGUGCUGAAGUUCAGCACUGGGGGGAACAACCGUCCAGCCAUCUGGAUUGACACGGGCAUCCAUUCUCGGGAGUGGGUCACCCAGGCCAGUGGGGUCUGGUUUGCAAAGAAGAUCACACAAGACUAUGGCCAGGACCCAGCUUUCACUGCCAUUCUGGACAACAUGGACAUAUUCUUGGAGAUCGUCACCAACCCUGAUGGUUUUGCCUUCACCCACAGCAAGAAUCGAAUGUGGCGCAAGACUCGAUCCCUGACGUCGGGCUCCAACUGCAUUGGGGUGGACCCCAACAGGAACUGGGAUGCUGGCUUUGGGAAGGCGGGAUCCAGCAGCAACCCCUGUUCGGACACUUACCGUGGCAAGUUUGCCAAUUCCGAAGUGGAGGUCAAGUCCAUCGUGGACUUUGUGAAAGACCACAGGAACAUCAAAGCCUUCAUCUCCAUCCACAGCUACUCCCAGCUCCUCUUGUAUCCCUUUGGCUACAAAACAGAAGCACCUGCAGACAAGGAUGAGCUGGAUCAGGUGGCUAAGUCUGCUGUUGAGGCCCUGACCUCUCUGUAUGGGACCAAGUUCAAGUAUGGCAGCAUCAUCACAACAAUUUACCAAGCCAGUGGAAGUACCAUUGACUGGACCUACAACCAGGGCAUCAAGUACUCCUUCACCUUCGAGCUCCGGGACACCGGGCGCUAUGGCUUCCUGCUGCCGGCCUCCCAGAUCAUCCCCACGGCCCAGGAGACAUGGCUGGCGCUUCUGACCAUCAUGGAGCACACGCUGAAUCACCCCUACUGACCCGGCCCUUCAGCACUGUCUUCCUCCUCCUCUCCGUCCCCACCCAGGCAGCCAAAUAAAGUUUGAGUGUACAUGGA